UUGGCGCCAGUAGAUCAGUGGCGCCAGCGCAACACAGAGAGAGGAAGAACGGAGAAGGAGGGUGAGCUGACGGACAGGCGGCCGAGAGUUGGAAAGCAGGCGACCCGGGCGCAAAAUUCGACGGGAAACUUCCCUUCCCAACUUCGGGUAGAUAAAAAAUAAAGUAACGGCGACUCGGGUGGCGUGCCUUGCAUCAACGUGCAGGGGCUCCCGGCAGCGCUGCCACUGGACAAGCCCGGCUCGCUAAGAGGAGCCCGCUAAGCCGUCAGGCUGGAGUCCGUCAUAAUGGCUGAGUCAGAGACUGAGUGUGACACGCCGGGGCUCGACACCCUGGGCUCUGAGUGUGUCAUACCGCACAGUCAGGUCACUGAGGUGCACUAUACGUCGGGAUCUGAGAUCAUGGCUCUGGAAGUGAAGCGGGAUCAUGAUCUGGACCACAUUCACGGCGCACACUUGUCUAAGAUCCAGGGUCUGGGUGCUGACCUGGGCUCUGUCCCUUGUGUGGAUUCCGACCAGAUCAUAGCAGAGACGGAUCACGAUUAUACAAAAGCAGAGCACCAGACAGACCUGCAGUGUUACACCGGGGCUGAAAUCAAGUGUGUGACCAGUGAGAGCCUGCUGGGUGACAUCAUCAAGACGCAGAUGGGUGGGGAAGAUGCCACACACAUAAUCAAGGCGGAAGACCAGGCACUGAUGGUGGAGACGGAAAAUGGCAUGGUGAUCCACGAGGCCCAGAGACUGAUUUGCAAUGAGUGUGGGGAGUUGUUUGACAGUGCCUCAGACCUCCACCAGCACUACGAGAUUCACAAAGCGGCAGCCCCCUACUGCUGCAUCCAGUGCGGCGAGAGCUUUGCCGUGGAGUCCAGUCUGAAGGAGCACCUGAAAAUCCACUUGAAGGAGAAGCCGUACGGUGCAGGGGUGGAGGUGGUUGGCAAGAGUUGCAUGGAUGCCUUCGGCCUGAAGGCCCACUCGCUGAUGCAUACCCCCGAUAAGCCGCACCGCUGCUCUGAGUGUGGCAAGAGCUUUGCGGCAGCCAUCACCCUGCGGGAGCAUAUGAAGCUGCAUUCGGAGGAGAAGCCCUACAAGUGCUCGCAAUGCCGCAAGAGCUUCGUCCGCCGGCGCCACCUCAAGAAGCACCAGGAGAUGCACGCCCGCGAGAAGCCUUACAGCUGUGGCCAGUGUGGCAAGAGUUUUACUGCGGCGUCCAACCUGAAGCAGCACCAGAGGAUCCACGUAGGCGGUCCCGGCCCUGGCGACAAACCCCACCGCUGCACCCAGUGUGGCAAGAGCUUCGCCGCGGCUGCCACCUUGCGGGAGCACCAACGGGUACAUUCGGGCGACAAGCCCUACAAGUGCACCAUGUGCCGCAAGAGCUUUGUGAGGAGACGUCACCUCAAGAAGCACCAGCAGAUCCACUCCGGCGGGAAGCCGUACAGAUGCUCCCAGUGCGAGAAGAGCUUCAACCACUCCUCCUCCCUGUCCCGGCAUCACCGCAUCCACCUGGAUGACAAAUUGUACACCUGCAACCCGGGGGGGAAAGCAUUUCCAUUUGGCUCGAACCUAAAGCGCAGCAUGCAUUCGGGAGAGAAGCCAUACAGCUGCAGCCAUUGUGAGAAAAGCUUCAAUCACUCAUCCUCAUUGUCGAGGCACCAAAGAACUCACCUAGAUGGAAAGACCUACAGCUGCAGUCACUGCGGCAAACGCUUCAACCACUCCUCCUCGCUGGCCAGGCACCAGCGGGUCCAUCUGGAGGAGAAGGCCGCGUACACGGCUGCCCAGGCAGAGAAGGGCUUCCCGCACACCACUAUCCUGAAACACCAGCGCGUUCUCAAUGCAGAGAAGCCCUAUCGCUGCUCCCAGUGCGGGAAGGGCUUUAAUCAUUCAUCCUCUCUGUCACGACACCACCGGGUCCACCUAGACCAGUGAUGCGCGAGCGGGCGGGUGGGUGCGUCCUGUUGGCUCAGGCGCUUCUCGCCACGCUCCUGUCCUUAGCUACUCCAGGUAUACGAAGCUGCACCGGAUGAGUGACCCUUUUCAAACAGUCCAGACGUUUGGGCCGCGACUCGCACUCGGUGUCAGGAGAAAUAACCUUUUGCUGACAGCUUGACGUUGGCUGCUGGGUUGUGUUCAGGCAACACGCAGAUGACCCUGAACACGUCUCGCGUGAGAUAGGUGUGGAUGCCUCGCAGAGAGGGUCCUGCCUGCCCACCUGCCUCAGUUACCAUUGGCUUAUCACAAAUUGAUGUGUGUGGUGCAAUUUCCCACCUUUCGAUUCUUUGUGGACUUUGAAGUCAGUAAUGGUGUAAAUAGUUUGUCGGUAGGUACUCUGGGUUAUUCUGACCUGUUUGCCUCCGGGGUUCUCGUGCCCCGUUAAGGGGGAUUGUUGAGUGGGAUUUAGAAAGCUGUCAGCAAAGGAUUAAGACUCCAAGCCGCACGAAUUCUAUCAUCUGGGUGUUUUCCUGUAUGGAGAGCACAGAGCCGUGCCCCUUCGAGACGAGUCCACGCGCCCGCAACUCGGCGGGGUGCCUCCGGGGGGCGCCCCUGACUCCCCUACAGCCCUCUUUAGCGCCACCCGCUUUCCCUCCACAUCUACGCGGCACUUGUCUGCCGAGCGCCUUUCAGACCCUCUGGCACCAUCCAGUGGCAAGUUGGUUGCUGGCGCGUGCGUGGGGGGGGGUUGUUGUGAUCCUGUGGCACUCCUUCAAAGAGACCCCAGCCAGGUCCCUGGUACUGUAAUACCAAAUGUAUAUUAACAAUAUGUGGUUGUGCAUAUUAACACAUUCAGAAUAUUCCUUGCAAUUGCUUUGGAAACGAUGAAUUAGCAUUGUAUAGCACAUAGUUAACGUUUAUUCAGAAUACAUUCUACAGGCUAUCCAGUUUGACUGUGUUAUAGAUCGUAGUGUGUACUUAUCAAGACAAAUAGCAUAGCUCGCUUUUACUGAGACCUUAGCAUCUUCAGAUGUCCAAUUCCAUUGGUUUGUGCUUUCUACUUACUGUCCUGUGUACGAUUAUUUUACAUACAUGGGUUUUUUUAGAAUAUUGUUUGGAUUAUUGAAAGGGAAACGAAUGGGAUGUUUUUAUGGGGGUGUGAGCGUUCUAAUUUGCUUUGGGCUAAUUGUGCUUCAGCGCGUAGCAUAGACUUAAUCAUUGUGUUAGAGAUAGGUGCCUUAUUGCAUGCUGUGUAGAAUUGUAUGCCAAGCUGUUGAUGAAAAUAUUUGUAAGGUUUUGGCUAGCUCCUUUUGUUCCUAAACAUACUAACCUAUGUUUUCCUUUGACUUCAUUGAUACAUUUAUUUUGGUUUGGCUUCUAUGUAUAUUAAAUAUGUUUCCAAUAUGUUACUAUUGUCUUUUAAUUUUCCUGUCUAUUGAUUGGCAACAGUGUAGAUAAUUAGAGUAAGUUACAACCUGGUUGGUCCAUACUUUUGAUUGGCCUCUUACCGCAGAGGCUCACCAUUGUUCCAGCUGUCUCCCAGGUUUGGAGUGACACAUAUGGAUAAAUAAAGGUUGUUGACUGUU